AUGGAAAACGCCAAUCAGACGAUUCAAAUGGACUAUAGUACCCUUUCACACUACUGUCCCUGGCAAGACGACAGACCUCAACCAAUCUCCCGAUACCGAUGGCCCGCCGAAGAAGGUCUACAAUGGGGUUCAGAUCCCAGUUUCUGCUAUCAUGGCUUCUCUAGUCCCAUCGGUACCUGGACAGAGGAGCGCCUGGUCCAGAACCUGAUGCGGAACAUGGCCGGUUUGUGUACCGCCAUGGACAUUGGCUUUGAUGUUCCCGAAAACCUCGAUGGUCCCACAAAAUGGAAGACCCUCCGAAACCCCAUCGCCAUCUUCAUCCUCGAGCCAAGCCCAAAUGUUCUCUUCGGAUGA